CCCAUCCCGAUUCCAUCAUCGUCUCUCUCGCCCACGCGAUCGUCUUCAUCUUCCUCCCCGUUUCGACUGUUCCUUCUUUUCUUCUCCUACCUGCGGUGUCAAUGUCGGUCUGAGAAGUUUCGCCCCGUUGCUACGCCCUCGUCCAUGAAAUCGGGCUUUACGCCCACCCUUCUCAACCCGUCGCCAUGAGAUUGGCCGUGUAUGCUGGGGCCUCGGCUGCCCUAGCCACUGGCGUUUUCUUGAAAGCGCUGCAUCAGAGAGCAAACUUCUAUGCUGCAUGCGUAUAUCUCUCUCAGAGCAGUGCAAAUCUCAUGAUCUUGAUGAACAUCAGUCUCCUGGCGGUUGGCUUCUUCCUCUUUUGGCUUCAGCGUCUCCUCUACGGACCCCUUCGACCCAUCGAAACGGAACAGCUCUACGAGAAAGCGUGGUUCGCCGUGACGGAAACAUGCUUGGCGAUGACGAUCUUCCGGGGAGAGCUGGGCGGUUGGUUUCUGGUCAUGUUCGUCUCCUUGCUGAUUGGAAAGGUCUGGGGUUGGAUCGGUGAGGGCCGUGUGGAAUUCCUCGAGCAACAACCUCCGGCGAACCCGCGCUUGUUCCACAUCCGACUGGCCGCUUCGCUGCUGCUCUCAGUUCUCUUCAACUCGUUCAUGCUGAGGUACUGCAUCCGAACGGUUCUUGAACAGGCACGGCCCGACAUGAUGGUUAUGUUUGGCUUCGAAUUCGCGGUCCUUACGAUCCUCUCCAGCUCGACGGCCGCCCGGUACACCAUUUCGUUGGUAGAGAUCUACAUCACACACCGGCAAGUGAAAGCCAAGGUGGAGGAGCGCCGUCGGGAGAUCCGGACAGCUAGGGAGGAGAUAUUGCGCGAGUAUGCGGAGUCUCUAGAGAGAGAGCCCCCCAACCUGCCAGAUGAGAACGACAUCGACGAGAUGGAGUUGGAUGUGUCAGGCUGGGAAGAAAAGGGCCGGUGGAUCUUCUACCUCGAUCUGCUUACGGACUUCCUCAAGCUUACCGUAUACCUUACAUUCUUCGCGAUUCUUUUCACGUUCUACGGUCUACCGAUUCAUAUCUUGCGCGACGUCGUGGUCACCAUCCGCUCUUUUGGACGACGCAUCAUAGAUUUCGUACGUUACCGCAAUGCGACCCGGGACAUGAAUGAACGUUAUCCCGAUGCAACGGCCGAAGAAGUCACCAGGGAGGAGGUGUGCAUCAUUUGCCGGGAAGAGAUGACACAUUGGCACCAGCCGGCGGGUGCGCAGCGGAACCGGGUCUCUGAUAGGCUUCGCCCGAAGAAGCUUCCCUGCGGUCAUAUUCUGCACUUUGCCUGUCUUCGAAGCUGGCUCGAGAGACAGCAGAACUGCCCCACAUGCCGACGGCCUGUUAUUGCGCCACCUCGGGCCCGGGGGACGGGCGAUGGCGGCAACCCAGGGCCUGGUAACAACGCUGGCGCACAGAACAUGCCGGGUGGCAACCAAGCAUUUGGCCGGGAUGGGCAAGCAGACGGGCUACCCAGAGCCCGGGUUUAUCAAUUUGGACCCUUUAGAAUCGGGUUUGGGGCCGGACGAGGUGACCUUUUCCAGAAUCUCCAUCAGCAAAUCCACCAAGGCCAUGUGCCCGUACAGCAGGCCAACAACGCCAAUGCCCCAGACGCUAGACAGAUCGGCUUUGGUUUUGGAUUCGGACGACCUCCCCCGGUAGCAGCGCCUCAGGCUGUGCCUAUGCCUGCCUCGACCGCGGCAGACAUGCAAAGUCAGUUGCAGCACAUGGAGCAACAGAUCAUACAGGAAAUUGAGACUCUGCGUGUCACCGCGGACCAACUCCAUAUGAUGCGGCUGCUGCAGACGGAGCUUCAGCGACUCCGAACCCUUCCGGCCAGUUCCCCCGUCACACAAAAUACCGCAUCCCAAAGCUCCCCCGCCGUCUCAUCCCCGACGUCAUCCAUCGCUACGCGCCGUCAAUUCAUUUCGGACCCUCGUGCACCCGCCAUGGGCGCUGGGGAUAGUCGACUCCCAGAGGGGCUGAACCUCCCCGCUGGCUGGUCUCUCAUCCCUCUUCACUCCCCCGACCAGGACUCCAGACUGGCUGAUCCACGCCCCGCCCCUACGACAGGCACCACCCAGGUAUCCGAUAACAUCUUCACUCCGCAGACACCAGUACCCACCAUGACUGCAUUGGCUGAAGGCCAACAGGACGAGGGUGCGGCCGCGCCCGAGCCUUCUGCAUCUCAGGAUUUGCCAAACUGGCAAUCGGGAGCAACCUCAACGGCGACGGGUUCGGGAGUAGAGUCACUAUCGCAACAGUGGACCGAUCUAGCACCUGAGGCCCAUCUUGAAGGCGAGAGCACUUUGGUCGAAGGCACGGACGGGACGGACCACGCUGAGGAAUCAGACUCGGCGUCGAAGGGCAAGGCACGGGUCGCCACGGUGGAAGACGCCAUUGAUGAUGAGACAUGAUGGGUUUCGUUCGCCUUUCCCCGACUUUUUUCCCUUCUGCCUUUAUACCUGGUGUCUUUUUGGUUGAUGUAUUAUCAUCUCACUGGUGCUGCCCUCCCUAUCGGCAAAUCAUUGUUUUAUCGGCGUUCUUGAAGCGGCUCCUCAUCAUACCCCGUUGCCUGUAUGUUCGAUCCUCGAAAAUGUGGCUCCUGCAUGGUCAUUUCCCCUUGAACUCACCCCAUCCUGUUGCGCCCGUCCUGCGGGGUGGCAGGAGGCGAGGACCCUUAUGUGUAUGUACAUACUAGAAAUCUCUAUCGCGACUCACUUGG